UCCCCAUCUCGUCUUCCAAUGCAGACUGUUCCCGAGGCAUCGCUGACCCCAGCGAUCGCUCCACCCCCAACCACCACCUCUGAACCCAACCCAUCCCUUGUCAUCACAACAGGCGGCCCUGCCAAAAUAAUCCGACUCGUGCCUACUCACACAAUUCACGACUCGGCCGACGACUACCCUGAGCUCGACACGGGCUCGGACGGUGUCGACCACAACGGAAUUAGUGUGGGGCAGUGGAGACAGCACCUCUUUGGGUGUAUCCGGUCGUGCGUUCCAAACACGUGCACCGCCUUCUUGUGCCCGUGUGUGUCAGCCGGCCAAAUAGCCCAUCGCAUGGGCGUUGGUCGCUUCGUCCCCGUCCUUCUGUCGUUCGGGGGGCUGUACAUCACUCUCCUCAUUUGCCUCGCCGCGUCGACGGCUGGCGGGCGGGGGGUAGCCCUGAUCACUGGCAUUGGCAUGUGGUUCUACUUGUAUCGAUUGCGCGCGACGAUUCGGCUGGCGUUUCAAAUCCCCGGCUCGGUGCUCGAAGAUAUGUGCGCUACGGUGUGCUGCACCGUGUGCAGCAUGUCCCAAAUGGGGGCUCACAUCGAAUCCUUCGACUCGAAAAACACAUGCAACCUGCGGCCCAAGUCGGUACUACCUGGUUACAAUGUCUAGGUGGGUGGACGUCGACUCUGUCACACAAUUGGGUUACACUUCCCAUCAGAAUAUUAAGCAUUAUCGUUAUAUAUACAAGUAAUAAACACUUGAGAAAGAAAGCCAGAGUGUGGCUGUGCCCC